AUGAAACAUCUGUUUCCUCAGUUCCCUCCUAUUCUGGCCUUCUACUGCUUCUGCAUGCUACAGAUUCCCUCCUCAGGAUUAUCUCAAUCUUUAGCCAAUCCUCCAGAUGGCUUGGAUAUUGUGCAGCUUGAGCACCUGACAUAUUGUCUAAAUCAGUGGGAGGCUCUUUCUAACCAAACUAAGAAAAAUCAAGAUGUAUCCAAAAGGUUUUUAUUUCACUACUCCAGAACUCAGAAGCCGACAUAUCCAGUUAACACUGGGUUUCCUCCCGUGCACCCCUUGAUGCGCCUGGCUGCCAAGCUCGCCAGCAGAAGGACGAAAGGAUUUCUGUCACAAGAUUUGGCAGCUGCCACUGUGGACUUCACUAAGAAGGAUUCCACUGCCAUACUGGGAUGGCCAUUUUUCCUUUACAGGCCAAGGAAUGGAAGAUACAUUGAAGACAAAGUCUAG